UGUACAGAUUCACCAAUCUCUCUCUCUACAAAGCUCUGUAUUUUGGGCAAACACUUUAAAGCCCGAAGUUUUCUCUCUUUUCUCUGUCACACAAACACACAAACAUAUUAAUGGCACCGGCUUCUUUCCAUCACACCUCAAACGCAGUAUGCGUUAUGGACGCCUCCGGCCGCCUAGGCUCCACCAUGGUCCUCCGCCUCCUCCAAAGAGGCUAUACCGUCCACGCCGCUGUUCAACACCAUGAUGAAUUGCAAUUUAGUGGGCUUUCUUGUGAUCAUAGCAAGAAGCUAAAGAUUUUCCGUUCAGAUCCCUUCGACUAUCAGAGCAUAAUCCAUGCUUUGAAAGGCUGCUCUGGCUUGUUUUACACCUUUGAACCACCACAAGACCAACCCACCUAUGAUGAAUUUAUGUUGGAAGUGGAGGUAAGGGCUGCACACAACGUUCUAGAAGCUUGUGCACAAACGGAGACAAUUGACAAGGUGGUUUUCACGUCUUCGGUCACCGCCGUUGUUUGGAGAGACGAUCGGAAGUCGAUAGAAUCGGACUUGGAUGAGAGACAUUGGAGUGACGUUAACUUUUGUCGUAAAUUUAAGUUAUGGUAUGCUCUAUCAAAGACACUGGCGGAAAAGACAGCAUGGGCCUUGACAAUGGACAGGGAAGUCAACAUGGUCUCCAUCAAUGCAGGCCUGCUGAUGGGUCCCGAUGUGUCGAUCAGUAACCCGUAUCUCAAAGGAGCGGCUGAGAUGUACGAAGAUGGGGUGUUCGUGACCGUCGAUCUUAAAUUUUUGGUGGACGCCCACAUCUGUGUCUUUGAAGACGUCUCAUCCUACGGACGUUAUUUGUGCUUCAACCAUGUCGUUAAUCGGCAUGAAGAUGCUCUCAUGCUAGCACAAAUGUUGACUCCUUCUGCCCCGAUAUCACCUCAAAGCUUUGAGCAGGAUAUGAGGAUCAUCCAACAGAGGAUAAGCAACAAGAAAUUGAACCAAUUGAUGGUGGAUUUUGAGUGUGAAUCCCAGGUGGCGGAUGCACCACCAGCGUGAGAUGAUGGUGAUUAAGGCAUACCCUUCAUAAGCUGUCUUUCUCACCCAAAUUGAAACAAACAUUUGAUACAAUUGCCCUUUCUUUUUUCUUUUAUAAAUUUGGAUUAUGAUUCCUCUAUUUAGUUAUUCUAAGAUCACUUACAGUAGCUUAUUUAUUUUAGAAUUAUAUGUAAAAUGGCUAUUCAAAAGCCUAAAAAAUGUAUUCAUCAAAUUCUCUAAAUAGAAUACAUUUUGUAUUUGAGUUACGAUGCUUCUUCAAAUGUGAGGAAGUAUUUGGUAAUACAUAAUUAUUUUAUACUUUUCUC